UUUGCGCAUUGUUUUUAUUUUAUCAUUUGUUAACACGCAAUGGGUUGCUGCUCAAAUAACGAUGAAGAAAGACCUGUUUUAAAUGUUCUGCAAGACAAAUUUCGGCGUGGACGUAAAGCCGAAGAUUUCCAAAAUCAUAAACUAUUCAAACAAAUUCUUAAACAUAUUUGUGCGACACUGUGCUUGUACAAACCUUUUGGAUGGGGCUUGAUUGUGAAUGUCUUCGUGGCGUUGAUCUGCAUAUUUCAAGUCGUUUUCUAUAUUGAGAGGAGAAUUUGCCCGAAUUUUCACUGUGGAUCUCGUGACUUCUACGACAAUGGUUCCCGUGGUCAAUUUGAAAAGACAGCGAAUACCUUAAACGCUCUGUUGUCGAUUAGUGGACUGUUUUCGUAUAACCUUUUACUGAUAUCAUUAUCGAUAAUGCAUCGCAGAAAACGACAAGGAAAGCAAAAAGCAAUUAGCCCGUCAGAUGCUCUAUUUAAUGAUUUAUCAAACACACAAGUUAAAUAUAUUUUCCUCUCUCAAAUUGCAGUGAUAGUAUUUUUCCUAUCUUCCGUGGCAUAUUAUUAUCUAGUAAUAGGAACGCAGCCCAUGUUAGGCUGGCAUAGUUAUUGGAUAUUCUUCGGCGGAACUUCGCUGCUCGUAGCGCAAUGGGCAGCUGUUAUUGGAUGUCAAGCGUUUGCUAUUCCGUGCCUCGCAUUAGGGACUUUGGCAAACGAUACCGUAAGGAGGAUAAAAGAAAUAGGGAAAAAGAAGAAAAAAAGGCGGGAGGACUACGGAACUACAAGUGAAAAUACUUCAAUAUCUAAUGCAAAAAAAGUUGAGGAAAAAGGAGACCCGGAAAGUGGCCUAAGUGCUAAGAAUGUCGUAUGUUGUAUAAAUGACCUUGAUAUCGCUUUUGAAUAUCAUGAAGAACUUUGCGCCAUCGUAUCUGGGACUGUUUCAGCGUACUGUCCAUGGUUCGUGAUGCACUUUCUUUGUUACGGAUCAACCUUCCUAAUUGAGAUCAUCUUUAUAUCUGAAUUAGAACUAAGGUUUUUCAGAAAUCCCCUACAACUUGUUUUCACCACUGUAUCGCUCGUUGGGGUUUUGUAUUUGUUCAUGUUCCCAUGUAUAUGCGCGACCUACAUAACAGAUACGUGUGGAGGAAUCGCUGCCCGUUUCAAUGGAACUACAUUUAAAGACUGGCACGAAGAUCAUCCAUUUAGGGACCGUGCUAAAUUGAUAAUGUUUACAACCUAUGCGAAAGACAGACAGUGUGUUUUUAAAGUCGGUAGGAUAACAUUCACACCGACACUGGCAUGGAUUUCACUUCUCCUUGGAUCGACUGCAAUCCUCUUCCAUUUCUUUAGUUAAGUUGUUUGUGAAUGUGUACAUAUAUAGCCUUACACUGUAGUCACAAUUAAAGCCCAUUACCAUGCAGGGAAAAAUAGCGGACGAUUUCAUAAUUUUGAUUUAGUGAAAAUCUGGUAGUAAAUUGAUGCUCGAGCCCGCUUAAAGCUUUAUUUUGGAACGAAUCGAAUCCGGGAAUUUUCGAAAAAGUCUAUAACGUUUAUUACUACGUCAGUUCUCUGCUCAUGAAUUCAGUUCUUCCUCUCACUCUUGUCCUGAUAUGUUGUAUACAACAGAACUAUAGUUCAAUGCGCCACUGCAUGAGACGCCGGCACCGAUGGCGUCCAGUUAGUAGACAACGUUCGCGAUAUUCUUUGAGGCUACAUGCCAACGAGGCAACGACAACCACAAGUAUACGAAUAAGUCACCCGGCAAGCACUCGCCACAUGCAUUACACGGGCCAACUAUUUCAGCUAGCAGAUUCAACCUGGACGAUGCUCCUAUUUCACAGUAACUGUCAUUCUACCAUAAUUUUUCCUGCGUAUAUAUGCAUGAAGAGAACUAUUUUAAAAUCAAUUGGAUGUUGAAAACUUAUGUACCCAUGCGACCAGUUAUUCUAAUCUUUCGUUUCAAAUCCGAACCGUAAACUUGCUAAAUUGUAGCCAUCUUGUCCUUGAGUCUUGACAUGAGGGAACCUUGAUUUAAAGAACAACCGUAAAUUUACAGUAAAAUAUUUUAGCUCAAAUAGAGCAUCAAACUCUUUAAUAUACCGGCCAUGUGUGGCCUGCAUGUUUCAAGAAAAUGAAUUUUUAAGAUAAUUUUUUUACGAAUGUAUUAGCGUAUAAUCGUUAAGAGCUUUCUAUAUAUUUUACCAAAUGUAAAAAUUAUUUAACAGACCUUUCCGCACGCGGCGCGUGAGUUUUGCGUGGAAAGAUUUGAUUGCCUAUAAUUUGGAGCGCGGAAAAAGUUCGGACAAGCAAAACAUUGAAAACAAUAUAUUUUACAAGCCUAACAAUGGAUAUCACGACAAUAACAGAUGAAACCUUGGACAAUAUGAAGCAUGUGUAUAAUCUGAGAAACUUUCGCCGCGUGCGGAAAGGUU